AUGGCAGGAGAUAAGCCAUGGCCCGAGGUGCCUGUAGGCAACAAAGAUCAUACCAAUGCAGCUGUGGUAAUCAUCGGAGCGGGAAUCAGUGGAAUGUGCACCGCUAUUGACCUGGUGAAACGCAACAACUGCCGAAACUUCAUCAUCCUUGAGAAGAGUUCAGGAUUGGGUGGCACCUGGCAUGAUAACAAGUACCCUGGCUGUUGCUGCGACGUCUUCUCCACACUCUACAGUUACAGCUUCGCCCAGAACCCGGACUGGACCAGGGAGUACCCCGGUCAGGAGGAGAUCCUGUCUUAUCUUAUUCGGGUCGCACAAGAAUACCAGCUAUAUCAGCAUGUCCGCUUCAACACCCAAGUCGAGGAAGCCAGGUGGGAUGACGAGCUUAAGAAAUGGCGGACCACGGUGACCACCGCCAAGGGCAGCAAGGAGGCGGAGUUUAAUCCUGAGUAUGAAAUCAAGAGCGACUUCCUCGUGUCUGCUGUUGGACAGCUCAAUCAGCCAGCUUGGCCAAAGAUAGACGGUCUCGAUAGCUUCGCUGGCAAAAAGAUGCAUAGCGCUCGGUGGGACUGGUCCUACGAUCUUGCGGACAAGAAGAUCGCCCUGAUCGGGAAUGGCUGUACUGCCGUUCAGAUCUUACCAGAGAUUGCGAAAGUCGCGAAGAAGGUGACAGUCUAUCAGAGGACACCCAAUUGGGUCGUACCACGCCUAGAUCAACCGGUCAGCUCCACGAUGCGCGCAGUCUUACGCUAUCUCCCACCUGUACGCUGGCGUAAGCGGGCCGGUCAGAUGGACUUCCGAGAAUGGACAUACAACGCCAUCGUUGAUAGCAAAUCCGAUGCAGCAAAGAUGUUCCGCGACAUGGCGAUCGACAUGAUGCACAAUCAGCUUCCUGACCAGCCGGAGAUGUGGGAGAAGUUGACACCGGAGUACGCGCUCGGUUGUAAGAGGAUCAUUAUCUCGGACGACUACUAUCCGGCAGUCAACCAGCCAAACGUGGCGCUUGAAACAAGAGCAAUCCAGAGCAUCCACGAUCGUUCUGUGAGUGUCUUAGGUGAUGACGGCCAGCCGGAGGAUGUAGAGUCGGAUUACGACCUGUUGGUCUGCGCCACAGGGUUCAAGACUGUCGACUUCAUGCAUCCCAUCAAGAUGGUGGGCAAGAAUGGCCGUACGCUUAACGACAUCUGGAAGGAUGGUGCGAAAGCAUAUUACGGCGUAUGCGUAGAGGAUAUGCCCAACUUCGGCAUGUUGUACGGUCCAAACACGAACCUUGGUCACAACAGCAUAAUCCUCAUGAUCGAAAGCCAGAGCCGCUACAUCAACGGUCUCAUAAAGCCCAUUUUGGACGCGCGCAAGCAAGGGAAGGCGCUCAGCCUCAGGCCCAAGCACGACAAAGUCGAAGCGUACAACGAGAAGAUCCAAUCCAUCCUCAAGAACUCCAGCUUCAACGACCCCACCUGCAACUCGUGGUACAAGAACGAAGCUGGCGUGAUCACCAACAACUGGUCCGGCACUGUCGUUGAAUACCAGAACAUGUUGAGCAGCGUCGACUACAGUGACUAUGAGCUCGACGGUUCUGGAGUGGAGCUUGCGCAGCAGAAACCGAAAUUGAGCGUCGGCAGGGCGGUGGAGGAGAGCCAGAUAAGUGAUCGGACGCUGCUUGCGUUGGGCUUACUGAGCACGGCUGCGGUGGUUGGAGGCUUUCUUGUGCGCAAUUCGCAGUACCUGAGCAGGAUACGAGUAAGAUAG